AAUCCAUGAUCCUUCCAUUAUAUUGAACCUUCCAUUAAUCCUUUUUCGGCUCUACCGCUUCUUCAUCGCGCUUGCUUCAAUCGGCGCUCUCAAUUUAAUUUCAUAAUUCUACACGUGAUUUUAUCGCAUAUUUGCCGAGAAAGAUCCUUGAUUUUUGCUGUGGUUUUAAAUAUAUGGGCUGAAGUAGACUUUUCAUGGGAGGUUUAGAGGAUGAUGAUGAACCACUGUCGAAACGUGUGAAAGUUAUGUCUGGAGAAUCGGGAGGUUUUUCCAACGGUUUAUCGGAUAGUUUCUCAAUGGCUAGGCAGUUAUCGUCUCAAGGAGAUAACGUUGAGGCCAUUGGCUCAAAAGGUGUCGUAAAUAAAACUGAACUUGUUCGAAUUCUGGCCGAGGCAUUGUACUCUCUUGGCUAUUCCGAGACAGGGGCUCGUCUAGAGGAGGAGUCGGGAAUUCCGUUGCACACCCCUGUAGUAGAUAUGUUUAUGCGUCAAAUUGUAGAAGGUCAAUGGGAUAAAAGUGUUUCAAUGUUGCAUGAAAUUGGUUUAGACGAAACAGUAAUCAAGUCGGCAUCUUUUAUAAUAUUGGAGCAGAAAUUCUUUGAACUUUUGGAGCGAGAAAAAAUUAUUGAUGCUUGGAAGACUCUGAGGACCGAGAUUGUUCCUCUUUCGAUAAAUGAUGAGAGAGUUCGAGUUCUUUCUUCCUUCAUUAUAUCUCCCUCGAGAAAUUUAUUUGAUGGAUCUUUCGGUAAAGAGUCGAGACUCGGGUCUCGUAAAAAGUUGCUGGAGGAAUUGCGGAAGUUGCUUCCUCCAGCUGUGAUGAUUCCGGAAAAGAGAUUGGUGCAUCUUGUCGAACAGGCGUUUCUCUUGCAAAAGGACGCUUGUAAGUUUCAUAAUUGCGAAGUUGGGAAAAUGUCAUUGCUCACUGAUCAUAAGUGUGGAUGUGACCAUAUUCCUUGUCAGACGUCGCAGAUACUACAAGAACACAAUGACGAAGUCUGGUUCUUGCAAUUUUCACACAAUGGGAAAUACUUGGCAUCUUCAUCUGGCGAUUGCCUUGUGAUUAUAUGGGAGGUUAUGGCUGAUGGUCACGUUUCUUUAAAACAUAAAUUAUCCGGUCACAAAAAACCCGUCUCAUAUAUUUCAUGGAGCCCCGAUAACAAUCAGCUUCUAACAUGUGGAGUAGAGGAGGCUAUUAGACGAUGGGAUAUUGGCUCAGGUGAAUGCUUACAUACAUACGAAAAAAGAGGUCUCGGUCUUGUCUCUUGUACGUGGGCCCCGGAUGGUAGGAGUAUAUUCUCUGGCGUUUCCGAUAAAAGCAUCAGCAUGUGGGAUCUUGAAGGAAAAGAGUUAAAAUGCUGGAGAGGGCAGAAGACUACUAUGAUUGCAGACAUAGGGAUUACUACAGAUGGGAAAGAGCUUAUAACAGUUUGUAAAGAAACAAUUAUACUCUUGUUUGGUUGGGAAACGAAAUCCGAGAAAAUUAUAGUGGAGGAUCAUCCGAUAAUUUCGUUUGCACUUUCGGAAGAUAAGAAGUUUUUGCUUGUUAGUUUAUUGAAUGAAGAACUUCAUGUUUGGAAUAUAGAUGGCUGCACCAAACUCGUAGCUAAAUACAAAGGUCACAAACGAAGUCGUUUUGUUGUGAGGUCUUGUUUCGGUGGAUUGGAGCAAGCAUUUAUUGCCAGUGGAAGUGAAGACUCACAGGUUUAUAUAUGGCACAGGCUCUCAAAGGAGCUAAUAUUGACACUAGCUGGACAUUCUGCAACGGUUAACUGUGUUAGCUGGAACCCCGUAAAUCCGUAUAUGCUGGCUUCUGCAAGUGAUGACCGUACAAUACGUAUUUGGGGACUAAAUCAGGUAAAUAUGAACAAAAAUGGGGGGCAGUAUAGUCACAAUAAUAAUAACAACAAUAAUAGUAGAAGUAAUAGUAAUGGUGUCAACUACUGCAAUGGUGUAUCACAAGUUGGAUAAUUGAGUGAUUCCACUAUGUAUCAGGCCCGACGAAAUCCUCGUUUAAACGAAAACAGAGGAAUUUAAUCGUUAUUUCUGUUUUCUAACUCGUUUCAUGAAUGUAAUUAAAUUUCCAUUUAGUCGCAGUUCUUUCUCUUGUUUUUGCAUCUAUAUAAAAUGAAAUCGCUUCUAUU